AUUAAACCACAUGAUCGUGAUCGUAAAACAUGUAAAAGCCUUUUUAUCUACAUCAAAGGAAAUGUUGCCCAUGUCUCGAAAAAACGUUACAUACUAUCUUUGCAUAUGAAUAAGUUUAGAGGGAGCCAUACAGAUUGUGAAUCGGGUUAUGAUGUGGAAAUUAGUAUUUGGAUCAGAUUAUCGCCAAUACGAAAGCAUGGACCCGAAUUCUGAGAAAAUCUUUUACAAGCAAAAGUCCGCGUCCAGAUGUCGAUGCUUCAUCUUGUUCGGUUCGGCCAUAGCAGCGUUUAUUAUAGGCAUUUUGAUUGGUCGAUAUGUCGCGUGCCCGGAUCCGAAAACGGAAGAGAGGAGAGAGAAAUAUUUACGCGACGAAGACACGACUAUCAUCGAGGAACUGAUGAACAGCAUAGAUUCUGAAAACAUACGGAACAACUUAAAAAUAUUGACAGAAAAACCUCAUUUAGCGGGCGAUAACAACACUGACCUGGGUAGAAUGCUUCAGACAAGGUGGCUCCAGGACGGACUUGAUCACGUGACAAUGACUCCUUACCACGUGCUACUUUCAUAUCCGAACAUGUCGGAUUUGAACUACGUCGAGCUCCUUGACGGCAACACGACAGUGUACAAGUCUAACUUGACGGAACCAAUUUUAACACCUGAAGAGGACAAACCGGGCGUCGUUCCGCCGUUUAAUGCAUAUUCAGCACCGGGGGAUAUCCAUGGUGACCUGGUAUACGUGAACUAUGCACGACUAGAAGACUUUGAGCUGUUGAAGUCGAUGAACAUCUCCGUGGAAGGGAAGAUCGUGUUUGCCCGUUAUGGGAAGAACUACAGGGGCGAUAAGGUUCACAUGGCGGAACAGCGUAAAGCCAUAGGUGUGAUUCUCUUCUCUGACCCAGCCGAUAUAACAAAUGGGGACACGUCCGAUGUGUAUCCGCAUGACUGGUGGCUUCCGCCUUCUGGUGCCCAGCGCGGAACGCUCCUGAUCGGAGACGGGGAUCCUCUCUCGGCAGAUUAUCCCGCUAUAAGCUCGGCGUACCGUGCGAAGGUUGACCAGCUGUACUGGCUUCCUAGCAUUCCCUGCCACCCCAUCGGCUACGGCAUCGCGGUGAAACUCAUGGAGCAGCUAAACGGAACAGUGGUUCCUCCAGAAUGGCGGGGUAAAAUGAACGUCACAUACAGGUUCGGAGACGGAUUUGUGAAACCAGGAUGGAGAGCACACAUAUACGUGACAACACGAAACAAGAAUGCUACAAUCUACAACACUGUUGGAAUCAUCAGGGGCGAGUUUGAACCAGAUCGCUAUGUAAUUCUUGGUAACCACAGAGACGCCUGGGUGUUUGGCGCCCUGGACCCAUCGAGUGGCACGGCGAUCAUGAUGGAGAUUGUACGAGUUCUGGGAGCCAUGGUGAAAUCCGGCAAGUGGCGUCCCCGACGGUCCAUCAUGUUCUGUAGCUGGGGAGCAGAGGAAUACGGACUGAUUGGAUCCACCGAGUGGGUAGAGCAUUACGUGAAAACACUGGGCUUUAGGGCAGUAGCAUACCUAAACGUGGACAUUGCUGUAGAAGGAAACUUCUCCUUCUGGGCCGAGGGGACCCCGAUGCUUGUCAACGCAGUUACAAUGGCAACUAAGAAAGUGCCCAAUCCAAACAGUACCGAGGUGGCCGCGGGCCGGAAGUCCGUCUAUGACACGUGGUUCAAUACAUUUCCUGAUGAUGCAAAAAGUAAACCGCAAAUCAACCUGCCAGGGUCAUCAAGCGAUUAUGGCGCUUUCAGAGACCGGCUCGGAGUGCCUAUAUUAGACUUUGCUUUCACUUCUGAUCCUAAACUGAAUUUGUCUAGCUACCCGAUGUACCACUCGGUAUAUGAGACGUUUUAUCUAGUAGACAAAAUCAUGGACCGGGGAUUUCAGUAUCACCGCGCGAUUGGUCAGGUAUGGAUAGAGAUGGCCCGCCACCUAGCGGACUCGCUCAUCAUCCCUUUUAACGUCUCGGACUAUGCAGACACAUUGAACGCCAUGACAACGACGUUCUUGAAGAGAUUUAAAACGCUGCUAGAUGAACAAAACAUUAACACAACACUUCUCCAAAUAUCAAUGGGAAACUUUACGGCUGCUGUAAAAGACUUUGAAAAGAAUCUCGAGAAAGCUAAUCUACAAGAUCCGUUUGUUGUACAUCGUAUCAAUGAUCAGCUGAUGCAGCUCGACCGAUCGUUCUUAGAUCCUGCCGGCCUUCCCAACAGACGUCUAAAAAGACAUAUCUUGUUUGCCGAAAGUGUAAUAGACAGCUAUUCCGGAAGUAGCUUCCCAGGCCUAUCCGACGCCCUUGUGGAGAUCCAGCAAGGACACAACGUGACGGAACAGUGGGAGAUAGUACGUCAACACUACUCCGUCAUCCUCUUUGCAAUCCAGUCGGCAGCGUCAACGCUUAAAAACGUCACCGACUUCAUGGUUGACUACUAUUAAGGACGAACGUUUGUCGUAUUUAACAAAAGUGUUCAUUCUCAUUAUGUUUUUUGUGUCAUUAUUGUCAAGAUUCAUACAUCAAAAUAUCAUUUGAAAACGAGAUCUCAUUCUAUGGAGAGGCGGUUACAUUAUGUGUCCGAUAUCUAAUACAAAGAUAUUUACGUACAUUGACAUAUUAAAAAUAAAAGACAUUUAAACAAAUGUGGGCCAGCACAGUGGUUUAUAUAAGGAUGCAUAUCAUGAUCACAAACAAAUAUACAUAUAUGAAGCGUAAAAUAGUGCGAUGGUUUUUGGUUUGAAUCGGAAUCCACUAGACAGAAGUUUUAAGUGUAUAUUUGGAAGCAUAUGUACUUAAAAAAUGUAUUUUGAUAUGUACAUAGAUAUAACUCUUUUGAAGUUUGCAGAGUUUAAUUGAUAUUAAUAUAUUGGUAUACCUUUAUGUUGAGGCUAAAUAAGAUUAUGUAAUUUAUGUAUAUUAUUUAUUCUUCUCUUUUUGUUUCAGGUGUUCUUAAAUUAAAUGCGUAUUUUUAGUUAUUUUGUUUAAAAUAUUAUCAAGGAUUUAAAUGAAUCCAAGUGGUUACAAAAGAUUAAAUAUUUUGCAUGAUGCAAUUUUAUUUACGUCAAUUUGCCUCGGUUAUCGUGCUCAUACGUAUACAGAUUAUCCUAUUACAAAACAUACCUUAACUGCAGUACGAAUAAGAUCUGAGAUCCACUGACAGGAAAACGCAUCGAAUCUAUGCUUUGCCUAAUCAGUGAAUAUCAAUUCGCAUUGACUGCCCCUCUUGCCCUUUGUGCGAUCACAAAUUUAUUAUUGUAUUAUUAUAGACUUGCUAACUCUCGAGUGUGUUUUGUUAACUAUCUGAUUAGAAACAAUACUCUUGUUCCUGUCUUAAAAAAUAUAAUUUUAAUUUGUUUUUAUGCCCCCGAAGGAGGUCGUAUAGUAAUCGCACUGUUCGCCCAUCUGUCCGUCACACUUUGCGUUUAGGUUUCGAAAAAUGCUCAUUACUUCUAUGUCGCUUCAGAUGUAACCUUCAUAUUUGGUAUGCAUGUGUAGAUGGACAAGACCUUUCCAUACGCACACAAACUUUGAACCCUUUGACCUUGAACUUAGGUCCGCGUUUAGGUUUCGAAAAAUGCGGUGAGGUUUCGAAAAAGGCUCAUAACUUCUAUCAAAGCGUUUUUCGGGGGCAUAUGUCAUCCUAUGGAGACAGCUCUUGUUCAAAUUUAACUUAUAAGUUGCCUCAAUACAAAUGUGUUCACUAAAGGAAUGUUACGAAUUUAAAUGUGUGUAUGUAAUUGAUGUAUAUCAUGAUCAGAUAUGUGUUAUAUUGAGGAUCACAAAUGAUUAUACUUUUUCUACUUUUGGUUGAGUGUCCAUCAUUUGCAGAAGUUUCGUGUGUUCGUCUUAUAUCCUUGUGUGAAUGUUGUGCGUGAUACUUGAACUAUGCUUUUUUGUUAAAAGUUCAUGUUUACUCUGAUAAAAUAAUUUAAAUGCGGAACAAAUGUGUGAUGUUU